AUGUACUUUGGCCUGCAGACAGGCUGGGUGUCUGGAAUGGCGAUGCCUUCUGCUUUGAUUGGGUUCGCUUACUUUAAGGUCGUGGCUCGGACAUUGAAGCUGCCGUUUACGCCUGUGGAGAAUGUCCUGGUACAGUCGGUAGCCGGGUCUGUAGGAACUAUGCCUCUGGGAUGCGGAUUCGUGGGUGUCAUCCCGGCCUUGAACUACCUCCUAACGGAAGAAGAGAAUGGACCACUCGACAUCAGCUUGUGGAGACUGAUCAUCUGGUCUGUGGGCAUCUGCUUCUUCGGUGUUGUAUUUGCUGUACCCUUGAGGAAAGAAAUGAUCAUCCGGGAGAAGUUGAAGUUUCCAAGUGGCACAGCAACAGCGCUCUUGAUAAGAGUCCUGCAUGGAGAUGAGAAAUCAAAGACUAUGGUCGCACGAGAAACGAAUGAUGAUGAAAGCGAAGGAGAAGAGGAGUCUCAAGGCUUAUUCGUGGAGGAGCACGACUUGCGCCCAUCUCUAGACGAUCAAGUGGAAGGACAAGAACAAGAUGAGGAUCUUGUCGAUGAUGGAGAGUGGAAGGCCAAGAUACAACUACUUCUGAUCUCCUUUGCUGGAUCCGCGCUCUACACUGUCGUAUCAUACUUCGUUCCGCAACUUCACGACAUACCCAUCUUCGGACUGCCCUUGGCUACCAAAUGGCUCUGGACGCUGAACCCAUCUCCAGCAUACGUUGGCCAAGGCAUAAUCAUGGGACCAGCAACAACUCUGCACAUGCUCCUCGGAGCUAUCAUAGGCUGGGGCGUGUUAUCCCCUCUUGCAAAGCACAAGGGCUGGGCACCAGGCCCCGUAUCCGACUGGACCAACGGCUCCAAAGGCUGGAUCGUAUGGAUCUCCCUCGCCAUCAUGCUUGCAGACUCCCUCGUCAGUCUUGGUUGGCUCCUCUUCCGCCCCCUGAUCACCAUCGCAAGACUAUACUACCCCACCGCCAAAGAAACCUUUCAGACACAUACCUGGAAAGAGCUCUUCACCCUAAACAUCACCCGCAAGCAACGCUACACCCCGCUCAACUCCACGACCGAAAGCCCCAUCGCAGCCAUAAAAAAACACCUCGCACAAGACCAAGAACCCGACGCGCCCCCAGAACACCUCAUCUCCAACCGCACAACCAUAAUCGGCCUGAUAACCUCCCUCACCCUCUGCGUCAUCGCAGUACACAUCUCCUUUCCCUCGCUCAUCCCUCUACGCCUCACCCUCCUCUCCCUCGUCCUCGCCCUCUUCCUCAGCAUAAUGGGCGUCCGUGCCCUCGGCGAAACAGACCUCAACCCCGUCUCCGGCAUCUCCAAACUCACACAACUCUUCUUCGCCCUCGUAACACCCACCUCGGGCCCCGGCGCGAAAAACGCAGUCAUCAUCAACCUCGUCGCGGGCGCGAUAUCAGAGUCUGCGGCGCUCCAGGCCGGCGAUUUACUGCAGGAUUUGAACGCCGUCGGCGCAGUUUUACGGGCAGAUUAUUGGGAGUGCGGUGGGCGCGGUGCUGUCGGCGCUCGUCUAUAA